GGUGGGGAGCUCUGUGUGUAUCCGAGCCAGAGAAAGAGGUGAGUCGCCCAGGACGGAUUGGAGCCCCUGGGAGCUGGGCGCGGCGGAGGCCCCAGCGUUGGCAUCCCUGUUGGUGUAUGUGUGGUAACAAUAUGUCUGUCCCCCUGCUCUCCGACGCCGCAACUCUUUCAGGAGCUGAGCGGGAGACAGCAGCGGUAAUUUUUUUACAUGGACUUGGAGACUCUGGGCAUAGCUGGGCUGAUGCCCUUUCCUCCAUCCGCCUCCCCUAUGUCAAGUACAUCUGUCCCCAUGCGCCUCGCAUCCCAGUCACACUGAACAUGAAGAUGGUGAUGCCUUCCUGGUUUGACCUGAUGGGCCUCAGUCCCGAUGCCCCGGAAGAUGAAGCUGGGAUCAAGAAAGCAGCAGAGAGUAUCAAGGCCCUGAUUGAGCAUGAGGUGAAGAAUGGGAUUCCAGCCAAUCGAAUCAUCUUGGGGGGCUUCUCCCAGGGUGGAGCCCUGUCUCUCUACACAGCUCUCACCUGCCCACACCCGCUGGCUGGCAUUGUGGCCCUCAGCUGCUGGCUCCCCCUGCAUCGGGCCUUCCCUCAGGCAGCCAACGGCACGGCCCGGGACAUGGCCAUCCUGCAGUGCCACGGGGAGCUGGACCCCAUGGUGCCUGUGCGCUUCGGAGCCCUCACCUCUGAGAAACUCAAGUCUGUCGUCCCUCCAGCCAAGGUCCAGUUCAAGACCUACCCGGGUGUCAUGCACAGCCCUUGUCCCCAGGAGAUGGCAGCUGUGAAGGAAUUCAUUGAGAAGCUGCUGCCCCCCAUCUAACAGGAUUGCCCACCCCCUCUCCCCCGGGGGGGGGGGCAGAGGGGCCACAGCAGUAUCUGAUCUCUGAACUCCAAGUGGAAGCCAUGGCAGUCCCCUUCCCCAGCCCUGGGUCUUUGAGGCAUGGGAGGAUUGGGCCCCUCCCCCUCAGAGAUCAUGCCGUCCCUGCCUCCUGCUCCCGUCCCUGUCUCUUUUCCUGUCCUGGGAGGCCUGAGACCUCAGCUGCCAGUCUGCCCUCCAGGAUCUUCAGGGGUGAGGGUCCCCUUUUCCCUUCCCCCAGGGCCACAGUAUUGCAAGGGGUGCAUGGGGGCCCAGCCGCUGACCCACUCAGGACCUGUAUGUAACUCCCGGGUCUUCCCCCCCAGGUGACCUCAGUGUUUGGGCAUGGGGGGCCUCCUGGCUCCCCCCCCAUACACCCACUCCCCCCCCUCCUGCUGCAGGGAGAGCUGGAGUCCCUCUUCCUCAUUCAGAUAAUCACAUGUCUUCUGUUGCUUUCCUGUCCCCUGGCCCUCAUCAUGAAUGUCUCUAUUCUUUCUGCUGACAAUUCUCCUACCCUGGGCCUGAGGCCCCUCUUGCUGCUGUGCCCCUUCCUGCAAGGGAGGGGCUUGAGCCCAGGCCUUGGGGUGGGGAGAGGGCAGGUGCACCUGGGCCGGAGCUGCUGCUUCUCUCCCUAAGCCCAGUCCCAUAAGGGGGUGCUGGGUGGGACUGCCCUCUAGGGGCAGGAGGGAGGAUCCAUUCCCUGCCUCAGCCGGAUGGUGCCCAGAUGUUCUUGGCCUGUCCUCAUCCCCUUCCCCCUAGGAAGGGGGCUGAGGCUCAGGUUCUGAGCCCACCAGGGGCUCGUCUUCCUCCUCCUCCUCUAUGUGGUUUUGGGUGUUUUUGUUUCUUGUUUUGUGUCUCCAAGUCAAAUCAGAUUAAAGAAAAAUAAACCUUC